AUGCCUUCCGGAUCUUGCACCAAGACUAAUCAGGGCGCCGCUGAGUGGUCCUGCGAGCAUGACAUCAAACUUGAGCUCAUCAACGACAAGGGAAAGUUUGAAGACGCACUGAGAGUCAUUUAUCCUCUUGGGUUCAAGGUCAACUACAAGUACAGCCCCAAAUUCUUCCUCAACGCCGACGUCGGUGACAUACCUGUUGUCGUCGUCUUUACGCAGUUCGAUACCUUGGUCGAUGACCACUUCUGCCAGCUACGUAGACGUCAGCGUAAUCGUACAAAGGCAGUUGAUAUGGAUCAGCUUGAAAAGGAUGCAAUGAAUUUUGCCAUUGCAGACUACGACUCCAACUAUCGCGGACAGUUUGAGAGGGAGUUUGGAAGGCGCUUGCGCGUGGCUAUUAUCCAGCUCAGCAUGCCACAGCCGGAAGACGGUGAGCCAAUGGAGACGUCAGGUGUUGAUUCCUUGGUAAAGGACACAAGAGGAAUGCUGCUAGCAGACGGCCUCAAACUUCUGUGGACAGCAGCACAGUGCCACUCGGCAGACAUGAAGCUGAAAGAGUCAAUCAAUUUGGGCAUGGACGUCUUUUGGAAAGCAGUCGGUACUUCUUCAAUCCCCUUCAUCCCCUUUGUAGGCGCCACAGCCCUCUACAGCGCCUUUAUCAAGAUCCUGAAAAUUAUCAACACCAUCUGGGGCAUUCCAAGCUGCACGCCUCUCCUACAUGACUCCAAGGUCCGCAACCUCUUCCUUCAAGGAUGCUUUGAUGCUUCAGCAGGAGACAUUCUGACCUCCAAGUUCCUGGUGGCUCUGAAUUUCUUUGGGCCUUUGACAGCUACCCAAACAUUCACCGUUAUUCUCAAGAUGAUUGCUGGCAUAUAUCUACUCCAUGAGAAGCUGUUUUGGUAUAUCAAGAACCACCCUGAGAGGGUUGUAAGCCCUGCUACUAUUGGUCGCAUGGUGAUGGAGUUCAGGAGGAGUCAGUGA